UGGUGGUUGGCUUGUGUUCGCCUGCUCGGUCACACAAUCAGUUGGCUGGGUGAGUGCAAGGUUUGGGUGUGCAGGGAAGUGUGAGGCUGCCUGAGGACGAAGUUUGGAAAGUAACGCCUUUACGAGUAAUAGCGAAGAAAAGUUGAGAGAUAGAAUACCUGAAGCAGCAUCAAAGGGUUAUCUGGACACCAUACCGUAGCAGGGACAGCCGGCUGUCACAUUUCGCUCUCAGCAGUGUGUGUGCUACCAUGAGUCGCAGGGUGCUGCAAGGCGUGUUGUCCUCAGCCAGGCUCUGGGGCAAGGGGCGGCAGAAUGCAGUGGGCCUGGUAGCAGUGCCCUCACAAUGCCUCACCUCUAGCCUGACUGCACCCCUAUCCUGCACCUUCAUCACCUCACAUGCCUGGCACAACUCCCACCCAACACCUGCACCCUCCCCCACCUAUCACAAUGCUGCUGGUAUCAGGACAGCAGAUGCAGGGAAAGAGAUGUUGGAAAUCACUUUUGCUGAUGGAAACAGCAGCUUUUUUCCUUAUUGCUGGCUGAGAGAUAAUUGCCAGUGCCCGCAAUGCUUUGAUUCUGAUGCACUCUGCCGCAAGCUGACUCUUGAAGACUGGCAACACAAUGACUGCCCCAGAAGUGUUCAGGUGGAGGAAGGUGGGAGACAUGUGGAGGUGCAGUGGGUCAGUGGACACAGGAGCUGCUAUGAGGCUCAGUGGCUGCAGCAACAUGCCUUCACACCCUCUGCCCGAGACUCUCAGAGAAGCUUUCUGGCCAUCAAAAAGGAAUUGUGGAGUACAGAGAUGGAGCUGCCAAGGAUGGACUACAAUGGUGUGAUGCAUGGAGACAAAGAACUUCUGGAUUUUCUUGUAACUCUAGAGAAGAAGGGUGUGGUUGUCCUAACUGAUGCUCCCCGGGAACCUGAGGCUGUGCUAACCAUCAUCAACAGCAUUGGAUAUGUGAAGCCCACACACUAUGGGACCAACUACCCCAUUCGGAGCAAAGCGAGUGCCAGCAGCCUUGCAUACACAGACCAACGCCUGGGCAUGCACAAUGACCUGCCUUACUUCCAGUAUGUGCCGGGGAUCAUCUUCCUGCACUGCAUCACCCAAUUUGAAGGCAAAGGUGGGGAGAACGACCUGGCAGAUGGGUUCCACGUGGCAGAUUACCUGAAGCAGUUUCAUCCCACGGAGUACCGUAUCUUAACUGACACACCUGUCUAUUUCUGGGACAAGGGUGUGGCACAGGUUAAGCAGGAGACCACUGAAUACCACAAGAUUGUCAACAUUCCCAUCAUUGUAGAGGAUCGGCUCAGUGGUGAUGUUGUGCGAGUCAACAACUCCCAGCUGAGGAAUUCCUAUCUUGACCUGCCCCCAGAACAGGUCACUCCCUGGUAUGCUGCACUGAGGCUCUUCAACCAAACUGUUGACCAGCAAUCCAUAAGGAAUAAGCUUAACAGUGGUGAGAUGCUGGUGAUGGACAAUACUCGCCUGAUGCAUGGACGUACUGGCUAUGACAGUGCCCUGGGGGAGCGCCACAUGAACCAGGCCUACCUGGACUGGGAUGGGGCACUCUCCAGGCGCAGAGUCCUUCAGGAGAAACUUGGAGUGACAUUGGAGUAGUGGAAGCUGUGUGACUCUGGCAAUAGUGCUUGAGUGAUUGCAUUAGAGUUACUAUUUAUACAGGGUAGGAAUGGUACUUAUUUGAGUGACUUUGCCUCACAGCUGGGAGAUAUGGUGCUCUGGAGUUAAUUUAUAUAUCUUCUGUGUAUAGUGCAGCAACUGCUGAAGUCUUUCCCAUUUAAAGCAUACAGUACCAAUUGGCAGAUGUUCAGGUAUAUGAGUUGUGUCGAAAUGUGCAUAGUUGUAUUGCUAUUAUCUUUUAAUAUACUGCUCAUGAAAUUCUGUUAUGAAAAAGGAGCAAACUUUCAAAAGAAAAGAAUAAGAAUACAAUAAUAAGAUAGAAAUGUGACUGUUACAUGGAAACAAUUAGUUGCUGUUUGUAGUGAAUGCACAGAGGGAGUGAGAAAUCUGACUGGUCAGAGCCUUCCACUCAUAAGUAUAUUUGCUCCUAUGGAGCUAUCAAGAUUUUCUUAUUUUCACUGAUUGCUUUGCAGCUGCCUCCAUGUGUCAAUUAUGAGUAAGAGAUGGGUAUUUAUUAUUUGAUCUGGUUACUUAAAACUCAAUCUUAUUUAGUUGUCACUGUUCAGACCUUGAAAUCUGUAAAAUCUUGAUAUUACAAAUGUCAGCCUUAAUCUUUCAUCAGUGAAAGCAUGCACACAUUUGUAUUGUUAUCAGUAUUGACAGUGGACUGUUAUCAUAGUGUUGCUGUUACUUCAAUCAUAGCCCUUACAAAGUCAACACAUUACUACAUACAUACAUAUUUUUAAGAAAAUUAGACAUUUGUUGUGAGACAUGUUCAUUGUUAGGAUAAAUGGCUUGUUCUUCCCUUUAUGGAUUGUUUUAAACACUGAUGACAUCUCAUAGUUGUGUCUGGUCUGCCAACACACAUUUCCAUACAUAAGUGUGGUGCAUCCUAACAGUUAAUGUUGACUGCUGCAUGGUUUGAAACUUACUGACAUUUGAACAGUUGUUAUAAGGGUGACCUAACAGGUUAUUAGUCUUCCUUGUGGGAUAAUGUCUGCUUGUGUGCAUACAGUAUAAAAUUUGAUGUAUUUAAUAAGUGAAACUAUUGUAUCCAGCAAUCAUAAAUUAGAUAUGUGGUAUAUACUUGAUAUUGUAUGAUAAAUGAUUAUUUUUAUUAUAAGAA